AUCCUCUGGCUCUCCUCUGAGAUGCAAAUAAAAGCCGCGUAUAGACGAGCGAUACACUGUUUCCAUACUGAGACGAGUAACGGGGACGUUUUCAUUUUUGAGCAUCUUUGAUCACAUCAGUCUUCGAUCAUGGCUAAGAAGACGAUAUCUGUAUGCUGCCAAAUUGGGGUCGAUUUCUUUGAGUUUCUGAAGGAGAGCGAUCGAGCAUCCAUUACAGACAGACUGGAACUAAGAGACAUUUACAACAAUGAAUUCAGGAGCCGAAAUCCAGAGACCAAAGAUCCAAACUUUGGGUCAGUUCUCCAUGCCCUCAAGGUGUCCAACAAAAUAACAAGGCGAAGAGACAAUAUUCGCUUCAACUCUAGGGUCACAGCUCUUUUCAUGGACCAGUGGCAUACUCCGAGGGGGCGUCGACCAGAGCCUGUCCAGAACGGAGUGGUCGCUUUGAGGACAGAACAGACCUUCACCUCUGGAGAUCAAGCAGAAACAGGAGUGCGAGCCCGUAGGAGACUAGCCAGUCUUCUGAUGGAAAAGCUGAAGUCUAACAAGGCUCAGUUUAUCUCUGACAAACAUGGUAUCUGCAUCCGCUCUGACCGUCAGUUUAACAACGGAAAACUCUCCUUGUAUGUGGACGGCACAUGUGAGUGUGUGGUAAAUUUGAAUGUGGAAAACACAGGAACAGAACCGGUGUAUUUCACCUACUACACCCCUCUGCACUGGCUCAGGGACCUCAUUCUGAGGGAUGAACACAACGUGACCAAGAAAAACCCUCUCUGUCUAAAACCAGGUGAAAGUUAUGAAGUCCAGGUUCACUUCUGCUGCAGUGUGGUUGGUUUCUAUCCAGCUACACUGGCCUUUGAAUUCAAACCGGACCUGCAGCCCUCUUCUUCUGCGUUCCACAUUGUGCGCUUCAUUGAGGCUCAGUGCAGAACUGCAUUAGGACUGGAGUUGGCACCUAUAGCGCCCUACAAACCCCGCUCCCUCCCUGCCUGGACGCCGGAAACAAAUUUCACGAUUGAGGAUGGACAGCGACCUGAAGGGCUGUCAGUGAUGCAGCUAAAAAAUGUGAUUGAGCUAAAACAGUAUCGAAUACCAGAAUACAUGAACCAGCUCAUCCAAUCACUGAAGCAGUCCUACUACUGUGAUAGAAGAAAGACCUUGCUGAAAAGUCCCCUGAGCUGGGACAACUACUCAGAGAAGUUUCAGCUGCUGCUGUAUCUGGAGGAGCUUCAGAUGGAGGUGGACAUCAAGAGAUACAACAUCCCCAACAGUGAAAAAGAACACGCCAUCAUGUCAAGAGAUCCAGCCAACAAGAAACUUCUCAUUCUGGAGGUACCUGGUGUGUCUGAGAACCGCCCAUCUGUGCUACGAGGGGAUUCGCUGCUGGCGUAUCCUACAGAAGAAAAACAGGUGAAGUACCGUGGCUAUGUCCACAGUGUGCAGAGGGACACGGUCAAACUGGGCUUUAACUCAAAAUUGCUGGAUCGCUUUAUAGAUAACAUGAAGUUCAAUGUUGAGUUCACUGUCAACCGCCUGACUGUGCGCGUUCAGCACAGAGCAGCUGAGCUGGCAGCUACGUUCAGAUUGGGACAGGUGCUGUUCCCUGCUGCACCCACUGACUCCUCUCAGCAGCCUGAGCUUCCCCGACUCAGGCUGUUUGACACAAAGCUGGAGAAAAACAAAGAGCAGUAUCAGGCUGUCCAACACAUUAUAGCUGGCUCGUCCAAGCCUGCCCCUUACCUGGUGUUUGGCCCACCAGGAACAGGAAAAACUGUGACUCUGGUUGAGGCCAUCAAGCAGAUAGAGAAGACCCAGCCCUCCUGUCACAUCCUGGCCUGCGCUCCCUCAAACAGUGCUGCAGAUCUGCUCUGCGAGAAGAUUUGCGAACACGUGGACGAGCAUAAAGUGCUCCGCAUGUACGCAAGCAGCCGGGACCCAGAUCAUGUCCCCAAUAAACUCAAGGCAUGCUCUAACCUGGUAGGGGAUUGUUACGUUUUUCAUGCUAAAGAGAAGCUGAUGGAGUAUAAAAUCAUGGUCACCACCCUGUUAACAGCUGGAAGGCUGGUCACAGGAGACAUUCCUGAUGGUCAUUUCACUCAUGUGUUUGUGGACGAGGCGGGACAUGCUGUGGAGACUGAAUGUUUAGUCCCACUGGCAGGGCUGCUGGAUGCACAGUCUGGUCAGGUGGUUCUGGCUGGAGACCCCAAGCAGCUCGGACCCAUUCUCAGAUCCCCCUUUGCAUUGAAAUACGGCAUGGGAGUGUCCCUCCUUGAGCGCAUGAUGAAUGAUUUCUCUCUGUACCGGAAGGACGAGGGUGUGUUCGACAAUCGCUUUGUCACCAAACUGCUGCGCAACUACAGGUCCCAUCCUGCCAUUCUGAAGGUUCCCAACGAGCUCUUCUAUGAAGGAGAGCUGCAGUGUUGCGCAAAUGAAAUUUUGCGAAACUCCUACUGCGGCUGGGAAUAUCUCAGGAGAAAGGACUUCCCGGUGAUCUUCCAUGGGGUGACUGGUUUAGACGAGCGUGAGGCCAGCAGUCCUUCAUUCUUCAACACAGCAGAAGUGGAGGUGCUGAUGGACUACGUGAAGAAACUGCUGCAGACACAAGGCAAGAAGGGCCUCGCCACCAUCUCCCCCAGAGACAUAGGCAUCAUCGCACCCUACAGGAAACAGGUGCAGAAAAUCCGCAGGGCCCUGGAAAAAGUUGGAAGAGACUUUAAAUUUAAGGACAUGAAUGCCCUAAAGGUUGGUUCGGUGGAGGAGUUCCAAGGCCAGGAGAGAAGAGUGAUCAUGGUGUCCACAGUUCGGAGCAGCCCUGAUUACGUAGAGAUAGACAAGCAGUUCAACCUCGGCUUUGUCAAGAAUGAGAAGAGAUUUAACGUGGCUGUGACUCGAGCUAAAGCCCUGCUGAUUGUGGUGGGAAACCCCAGAGUGCUGAACACAGAUCCUACCUGGGCCCGGUUCAUCCAGUACUGUCGAGAGGAAGGAGGCUACACUGGUUACGAGCCUGUAGAGGAAGACGAGGAUGUGGCAGUGAGACUUGCUGCCCUCUGCAUCGACAUCAAUGUUGAAGUGGAGACUGCAGAGAGCGUCGUUCAACAGCACCUGGACCCCGAGUGGAGGAGUGACCUGUGAGGAAGAGGAGAGCACAAACUUCCAUCCUGAUUCAUUUUGCAUCACAGUUUCAGGACAACAAGAUUGUCCUCAAUUUUUCUGAAAAUGGCCGAAUGGCAUCUUUCUACUUAUUUCCACAGCAUUCUUAUAACCAAAAUAACAGCGUUUCAAAAUCCCUUUUAAUAUCAACUGUAUGAACUUGACCAAAGACCGUGAUAGGGGACAGGGAGCUGAUUCUUGUUUGGAGCAGACAGUUUGUCUUUGACUACCUCAGUUAAUUGCACUAACAUGCCUUCCCCCUGCAAUACAGCUGCUCCUAUUACUUUGUUCAAGCUGCAGCAAAUUAUAUGGGGAUUUUAAUGUUCAGUUUUAAAAUUAAUUUGUAUUGUUCUAAAGAAUGACUUUCACCAACCAAAAAUGUUGAUCUCAGGGUUGUUAUUUGACAGAUUUCCAUUUUUCUCGAUCAUUGCUGCUUUUAGAAUCAUAUCAUGCUCAUGUGUCCAAUUCUUAGUAAAGCUUUUUAAGUUAAUAUUAACCAAAUUAAAAAUGUUUAUGGUCUAUUUUGAA